CCAAAUAACUCAAUCCAAACAUAGCGUUAGCCCCCACUCUAUCCGUUGGUUUGCUUUUCGGUGAGUCUUGUAAUCCAGUUACAGAAGAAGAAGAAGAAGAAGAAGAAGAAGUAUGAAUUCAUUGACAUCAUCAUCGUUAAUCUCCGUUCUGCCCCUUGUUCCCGUUGGUCGUUAUCGAUGCGGUUGGUGCGGCUGGUGUAACUCCUUUCUAUUAGUUUCCAAACAAGUUUCGUCUUCUAAUUCUAGAUUCACUACGCUCCCUUCCUCUUCCUUCAAUUUUUUCUCAUGUCCCAAACAAAAAUCGCAUGCUGUUCGAUGCUUGGCUUUGAAUUUAGCUCAACAAGACGAUGAUGGUGAUGAACAAGUAGAAGAAUUUCAAGUGGUGACCGCCCUUACAAGCUAUUAUAACGAUAUAGUUAUUCUGGAUACUCCACACUCCAGAAUGCUGCUCCUCGAUUCCAGCCACAACGUUCACAGCAUUUAUAACAAGGCAAAGAAAUGGACUGGUUCAUAUUGGGAUGAGUGUGCUAGCUUGCCAGCUAUUGUUCCGCAGGGACCCAUUGCAAUUUUUGGUUUGGGUGGCGGAACAGCUGCUCAUUUGAUGCUUGAUUUAUGGCCGUCAUUGGUGCUUGAAGGUUGGGAGAUUGAUGAAAUUUUGAUUGAUAGAGCUAGAGAAUAUCUUGGGCUGUCAGAUCUUGAGAAGCACACAUCCGCUGGUGGCAUUCUUCAUGUUCAUGCUGGUGAUGCGCUUUCUCCAUCGGUUAAUAUUCCUGGAGGGUAUGCUGGAAUUGUGAUUGACUUGUUUUCUGAUGGAAAGGUUUUACCCGAGUUGCAAGAGGUUGCAACUUGGUUGGAAUUGUAUGAGAAACUGAUGCCAAAUGGCCGUCUUAUGGUGAAUUGUGGUGCUGCUAAUGAUGGAGCAUCCAAUACAAUUUCCCCUGAAGUUUCAUCAAUUGAUGGCACCUGGGUACAGAAUUCUACUAUCAAGGCAUUAUGCCAAGCAUUUCCUGGACAUUUAAACUGGAAGAAAAUGCCAAAAGAAGACGGUGACAACUAUCUCGCCCUGACAGGACCUUUGCCAGAUUUGAGUAUGUGGUCUGCUGCUCUCCCAAAUCCAUUGAGCUCGACUGUCAAGCAAUGGCGGCGUUGCUUGCCUUCAUGACUCUUUUCUUUCGACUACUCUCAUUUCAAUGUUGCAACCAUGAACCUACUGGUCCUGCAGUUUGAGAUCAGUAUGCUAAAUCAUCACAGAGCAGGUGAUUGUAAGGACAAAGUUUCAUAUUUAGAGACCUUCUCUCUCCUCUCAACCUCGUUUCUCUCCUCUUCAUCUUCUCUCCCGGUGCCAGCAUGGCUCCUCAUAGUUACAUUGCCGCCGCAUUGGCUCCUCUUUCACCUUUGGCCGUCGCCUCAUGCUGAGAGAGUUGGCAUCGAGGCUUUGUUGUUGCUGAAUCCACACUUGUAGUGGUUCCUGAAUCCACACUCUCUUAUGUGAUUCAAUCAUUACACGUUACAUACAUGCUUUUGUGUAUAUAUAUAAGAACCCUUUAACUGGUUGGGGUUUGCCUUUUCUUUUCGACUUUGUUUUUUUAUUUUGAAUAAUUUAUUAAUUGUGUCUUAUAUGUUGAGUGA